AUGGUCAACUCAUCAGAGCACGGUUUGGCUCGUGUCGUCCACCACAAGGACUAUUACUUACGCGGUGGUGAUAUGACCGUAUUGGUCGAGAAUCAUCUCUACCGGAUACAUAGUCAUUUCUUCGAGCGCGAAUCAUUGUUCUUCCGCCAGAAGUUCCAGUCGGCCGAAGGCGAGGAACGCGGCUCAUCGGACAACAAUGCCUAUACCUUGGACGACGUCAAGAGCGAAGACUUUGCGCGUUUUCUUUGGGUCUUUUAUAACCCUAAAUAUUCGCUCUAUGAGGCUCCUCUCGAGACCUGGCUGAGUAUCCUACACCUCGCCAACCGGUGGAGCUUCUGCAACGUCAAGGAGCUCACCGUGCGUGAACUUGAGAAGAUUCAAAUAGAACCCGUCGAGAAGAUCGCAAUCUAUCACGAGUACACUAUCAACAAGCUCUUCCUCGUCCCAUCGUACAUUGCUAUUUGCAAGAGAGAUAAACCCUUGUCCUUUGCUGAGGGCAUGCAGCUUGGGAUGGAGACCGUUCUCCGUAUUGCAGACGCUCGUGAGCGGGCUCGCCAGCGUGCUGCAGAGAGCGGUAUUCGGACGCCUACGUUUGACGACUUCGAAGACAAUGAGCUGGAAACUAUGAUCAGGGAGGUCUUUGGAAUAGCGUCGCGACCGACGUCCCCGACUCCGCAGACCAGUAAUUCAACUAGCUACACCAAUGGCUCGACCUACACAAGUAGCACGAAGGUCAACGGAACGGCACCACCGAAAGUCAAUGGCGGUCCUUCAAUUCGUACCAACGGUACAUCCAUCCCUGACCCAACUACUCGUUCUUCAACUCGUACCAACGGUCCAUCCAUCCCUGACCCGACUGCUCGUUCCUCCGUUGACACGAUGCGCACAUUCGCCACAGCCAUGGAAUCGCGCCCUACUUCCUCGUCUUCUUCGGCAUCUGCCCAUGCAUCAUCGUCGCCAGAUGUUGAACCCAAGCCAGCUGACCCGACAUCUGAUACUAAGCCCACACCCCCGGAGAAGCCCAACGCAACGGUACCCGAGCACGUGAGCUCUCCCUUCACCACGACCCCCUCUACCGCCGACCCAUUAAAGACUGGUUCGUGGAACAGACCAAAUGGAACGGGUGAGCCUUCAUCAGUGGCGAGUCCUGUACUUAUCCUGUUCUGA